GAUCCCUAAGGCCUCGGCUCAGACAAACCAACCAAUUGCUAUCAAAAGCUUCCCUUGAUUACUGCAGUGACAGUAAGUGCCAUUAAUCUACUUAAGUUGCAAGGUUUCCUGCGACUCGACCAACACUUCUGUUCGGAGAAUUGGCUCCCAAGGAUGGAAUUCGGCACACAUCCACAAACCGCACCAAACACAGACCCACGCAGCCAAAUGGCCACGGCGACAGGUUGAUGCAGAGACCAACGAGGAUAGAGGUCUGUGCUACCUUUCCGAGAAGGUCCGAUCGACACUCUUAUUUCAACAAACGAAACGAAGGAAAGCAAUCGAAAGCAAUAGUCCUCCGGGUAAUUAGCUGGUAAUAGCUAGCUAGAGCCACUUUAGUAUAGCGCUCUGUCCUCUUUCCCUCUUGAUCAAUCUCAUAAUCUUUAUAGAAUCGAAUCAAAUCGACAUCAGAUCAGUCUAUCCUUCAUCAGUACCGGUAUUCUAUAUCGGCAUUCAUCAAGCAACCAUGGCGUACAAGAACAAGCAACAGUCAUCGCAGGCAUCCUUGUUGGAUCAGUGUGUUUCCUACAUGGCCGCUUCGGCGGUGCGUGAAUCUGCCUCAUCUUCUACUGCCUCUGCUUCCUCCACGACCUCCACUACGACUGCGUUUACAUCCGUUCGGUUCUGCGAGAAUGCGCGGUUCAUCCGCUUGUCGGUUCAAGUACCGGGUGUGUUGCUCAAGGACGUGGGCGUGGAGCUUCAGAGAGGUGUGUUGAUCAUUCGGGGAAUGCGAGAAACGACCUUGGCACAUGGACUGCGUCAUCAGCACAAGUUCUGCCGUCGCUUUGCCAUGGACACUGAUGUGGUCGACAGCACCAAACUCAAGGCCAAUCUGAACCGUCAGGGACUCUUGACCAUCAUGGCGCCCAAGAAGAGUCGUCCCAAGCAGACACUCUCGGUACAAGUCACACAGCAAGAUGACUAUGACUUUGAACGAAGUGUUUUGGGCAGUUUUGUGCAAGCGCAACAGGCUGCUUCUCCUUCUACGAGUGUCAGUGCCAACAGCAGCGCUGCUGCCACGGCUGUUUCCAGUGCUCCCAAGACCACAGCAGCACCAUCUCGUCAAAUGCAGAACAAGAAAAGCAAGCCUGCUUUGACCAACGUGGUGAGCAUGGGAUCUGCCUCGGACCUGUUGUCCUCCAGGACGUCGAACAACAACAUGGGAACAAGGAGCACCAUUCGACGCAACUACAAGCCCAGCACCUUGCAGUCACAUCUCAUGAUUCGUAGAAGUCAGAGCAAGAAAUCCAUGCGUUAGCUAGCUAUCAAGUCUGGCUAGCUAUGCAUAUCUAUGUUGCUGGCUGCCAUUCAUGCUCGUGGGGGCGGUUCCAUCAGCUCGAGACAGACAGAUACAUACUUCAUGACACAAGCGACCAACUUCCAUCUUCUGAACACCAUAAAAAGCAAACAGAGCAAGCCUGCUAUAUUGUCCAGAACACCCGAUUAACUAUUAUAAAUCUGUUACAUGUAUAACAACCUAUCUAUGCAUACU